AAAGCUGGUUUUACAGUAUUUAAAUCAGCAUUCCAUAAAUUAUAAAAUAGUUGUGAACAAGUAUAUAGUGGGAUAGUCAAAACUGUAAGAAUUCCACCCAAAGAGCCCAACAAACUGAAAAACUGAAACCGCGGCGGAAUGGAGAAGAAGCCUGCCGACUCCGCCGGUGGUUUUUCCGGCGAGAAAAACCCAGAAUCUGUUUUGAUUCGUGAUCCCGGCAAGGCGGCUGUCGAUCAUUUCUACGAAAAGCUUGCAAAAUUGAAUGAAUCAUCUGGUCUCAGCUCAGUAUUUAACCUUCGUGAAACAAUGCUGGAUUUGCAUCAGUUUUACCGAGAAGUGAUGAAGAGAGGGGGAUUUUAUCAGGUGACUAAAUUCGGAAAAUGGGGUGACGUAGCAUCAGCGUCGAACUUGAAGAGCUCUUUAUCCAUAUCAGCAGCUCAACUUCAGAACAUUUACGAAAUACUCCUUCUCCAAUAUGAACUCAUGUACUGUCGUAAGAUACCUCAAGUCGCAAAUACAUGGCCUAAUAAAAGUAAACAAACCAAUCGACUCUCUUCUUUUAACAUUUUUUUUGAUAAACUUUUCGAAUCCAUCUAA